CCUCCGUGGGCUGGGGGCCGCGUCGGAGAGCGAGAUGGGAGCUGACAGCAGGACUCAGAUUCCAGAGAUUUGUUUGCUGACGCUGGGCAGAAGGACAGCCAGUGUCCGAGCGGACACCUACUGUCGCCUGUACUCGCUGUCUGUGGACAACUUCAACGAGGUGCUGGAGGAGUAUCCCAUGAUGAGAAGGGCCUUUGAGACGGUUGCCGUGGACAGGCUGGACCGUAUUGGCAAGAAAAACUCCGUCCUGCAGCACAAGGUGCAGCACGACCUCAAUUCUGGUGAACUCAACUACCAGGAGACUGAGAUCAUCCAGCAGAUAGUGCAGCAUGACAGGGACAUGGCCCACUGUGCCCACUUCUUCCAGAACGUCCCACCCCAGCCUCCUUCACCGACCCCGGUCAUCUGGGCCCCCCUCAUCCAGGCCCCUCUCCAGGCAGCAGCCGCCACCACCUCAGUAGCCAUUGCCCUUACUCACCAUCCCAACCUCCCAAAAACUUUUUUCAGGCCUCCGGUUUCUCUUCUGGGGUCCUUAAAGGAUCCUCCAACCCGGUUUAAGAAGUUUCCAACUUUUGUUCCUCCAUCCACAGCACCUGGGUCUGCUGGGGACUCUCCUUGUAGCACACCCUCUAAACUGCACUCUGGGUCGGACAUGCCUUUGCUGGCCUCUUUUCGGGCCAUGCACCCGAUGUCAGGUACAGGGGCAACUGGCUCUAGCCAACAGGCCUCAGGUAGCCGAGACCAGCAUGGACCUAUUGUUACUGGCUCUGGGUCCAGUAGAGGAGGGGCCUCUGCCUUCCCAUUUGGACCAAACGUGUCCUCUGGUUCAACUUCAUCUAGUAUGGCCCAGCUACACCCGCAGCCACAGCAUCAACAGCCGUUUCGCUCCAACACCCCACCACUCUCAAACCUCUUCCGCCAAGGAUCUACAGGUGGAAGCACAGGGUCAGGAAUAAGUGGAGGAGCAGUUGGACCCUGUGCUGGAGCGACAGGGUGGUCUUCAGGUGGAGCUGUUGGCGGUUCUGUAGAAGGAGCAACAGGAGGAGACACUGCUUGGGCCGGAGAGGACUUUACAACAGGGCCACUCCCAGGGGCUCACUUUGGGUUGCGGAGAACUACUGGCAGAUUUGUAGUAGAGAUCUCAGGGGAAUCAUUUGGAGGGAUACCUCAAGGAUCAGUGGGUGCUGCUUGUGGCAAGUCAGCAGGGACAAUAGGAGAUAGAAGGAGAUCACUCAGUCCUAUAUCUACCGGCUCGUCCAGCCCAAUGCCUGGUCAGCCCCUCCAAAGCCAGCCCCCUCCCAAGCCUCCUCAGGUGGCUCCUUUGCAGCAGUUUGCAGGGGGAGGUAGGACUACCCCUGGCUUAAGUAUCUUCCAUUCCCCCCCACAUGGCUCCCCAUCCUCAAGCAGAGGACAGUACACCCAGCAGCCUGUCGAGGGCCCCCCAUCUUCCCAUGGCCAUUUUAGCUUGGCAGGCCUCCAUUCUGGCCUACGUCCGCACCAGUUGUCCCUUGAGAGGUCUGCACUGGCCUCCCUUUGCCAGUAUGGUUCAGCCAACGCCUCCCCCUGCCUUACCCCUGUGGCGCCCAGCCCUACUAUUCAAAGCCCAGUGGCUGGCAGAACUUUCCACUACAGCGACCCCUCAAGUGCCACAGGAUCCCACAGUUCUCUACUCAUGCCUCAAUCUUCCCUCCCUUCACAGCCUCUAAGCCAGCCUCAUGCAACGGGGAGAGAUUCUCCGAUGGGACGUUUUUCCGAGGACCUCAAGCUUUUAUACAGUUCGCACCCGUCUCUGCCCCAGGAAGUGGCCCAGGCCCUAGGCCAUGUUACUCUUCCCACUUCUGUGGAGCCUGGAUAUUACCCCUCACCCUUUUCCUCACCAACUCUUGUGCCCAAACCCCGUAGCUCAGUGCCAGGGCGCAUGACUCCUCCAAUCCAGAUGUCUCCGGGGCACCCUCACCAGACUCUGUCCCCUGGGGCGUCCCCGGCCUUGCCUCUACGGAGGGCCUCUGCUGCCUACUCAUCAGAUCUAGAACCUCAAACUGUCCGCUCUAAACUCCCGUCCAAUUUGUGA